CCUCUAUUUAUAUAGACAAGAGAAAAAAACAGGGGAGAGAAAAUACAAAAAAAGAAAAACUCUCUCCCUCUCACUCACUCAUUCUCUCUCUAGAAAUGGCUUCCACUGCAGCCGUCAAUGGCCGUGCCAAAACUGUUCCGAAUGAGAAAAACAACCCAUUUCCCAAUCCAAUCCGAUCAUCCCCUCGCCGUACUCCAUCCUCUUCUUCCUUCUCCUCCAAUUCCUCAUCGGGAUCAUUGUCCUUCUUCAAUGACACCCUGUUUAGUCCCAACACUCCUCUCCGGUCCUCCGGUAUCCCAUUUUCUUGGGAACAAUUACCGGGAAUUCCCAAGAAACAAACACCCGAGAACAAGGACCCUUCGAAAAGUCUCCUUCCAUUGCCCCCCGCGGGGACUUCGAUUUAUUCCAAAAAAUUAAACCCGGUUGAAAUUCCCCUGCCCCGGAAAAAGUACUACAGUAGCAAGAACUCUAGGAGGGACCCAUUUUUCGCGGCAUUGCUCGAGUGUUCCAAGGAUGAUCAAGACGCAAUCGACCAUUUUUGGAAAGGCUCCAAGGCCACCAAGAGUUUGAGUGACCGGUUCGGGUUCGUGGGUGUGUACGCUUCUUGCAAGAGAACUUGUGCGGUCUCGGAGUCAAUUAUUUAUCUUCCAAGGUAUAAGAGACAGGACGAAUUCAUUCGUCGAUGAUCAGCCGGUGCAAAUUCCGGUGAUCGGACGGUCCUGCCGGUGCCAAUAGAUUAAUCAGUGUUUCAAUUUGAUGUUUCUUUGUUUUUUUUUUUUCUCAACUCUUGUUUGGAUGUUCUCCGAGGACAAGUCAAAUAUGUGCCAUAAUCUUAUAGUUUAAUUUCUUGUAUUAAUUAUUUACUAGGAACCAGUGUCAAUGUGCUUUGUUUAGUUUAUGAAUUGUACUAUUUUGUUUGAUUUGUA